AUGUGUAGUGUUCAGCGUGUUUAUCAGAUUCAUGUAAUGUAUAACAAUUCCAGCUUCUUCGCGGCAAAUAUAGAACCAGACACGUUAUCAAAAGUUGUCGCCGGCAUCUCCAUAGCAACUGGCACUACUAGUGUUAUCGGCAACGGUCUAGUUAUCCUCGUAAUGCGUCAAAAAUGUGGAAAACAUUCUCUAUUUAAAUGCCUGCUAGUUCAUCUAGCGAUAUGUGACUUGCUAUUCGCGAUUCUGCAAUUUGCUGAUGUUCCAACAUGGCUGGAAAUGAAAUGGGUGUACGGGCGUGUCCUGUGUAAAAUUAUUCCGCCAUCACAGUUGCUAGUUAGCUUAGCAGCAGAAGGAACUAUCGUUGUUAUAGCCAUUGAAAGGUUUAAAGGAAUUUCAAAUCCACUGAAUUGCGAGUGGACGAAGAAAAAAAUGAUUUUGGGUCUUAUUAUUUCGUGGUUAUUAGCAGGUAUAUCUGUGAUACCUUAUCUUGUUGUGAUAAAAGUCAUAUAUAUUUACAACGAUCCACAAUGUGUUGAAGACUGGGGCGAGGAAGCGAUUUACGACAAGGAGAAACCACUUAUUUAUAGUCUGUAUUUGUUUAUUUGCAGUUUCGUAUUUCCAAUGUUCAUCUUGGCCUUCUUGUACGGUAAAAUAAUACUGAUAUUACGGAAGCCGAAACUUAAUAACCAGGAAAUUUCUGGAUUAUUAGAAAAACGCCGAAAGAAAGAUAUUCGUGUCACGAAGUUGCUGGUAGCUGUAGUGCUUGCAUUCGUUGUGUGUGUCUUACCGAACCAUGUUGGACAUAUUAUUUCACUUACUGUGGACAACCUAACCAUGACAGGAGCGAAAAUAGUACAUUACGUCACUUUAAUACCAUAUCCAUUUCAUUGCACGAUUAAUCCGUUCAUAUACUCCAUCGUAGAUGUUAAAUUUAGAAACGAUGUGAAAAGAUUUCUUCAAAGAAAGAGAACAAUGAAAUCGUCCUCUAGUCGUCGCACUGCAUCGCUUUUAUAAAUCGCGAGUUGGCACACUCUUCGAAAAUAAAAGACUUAGACGUUUAUUAUUAUCUUUACAGUAUUUCUACAACUUUCAACUGCGCUACCAGGGCUUUUCUAUUGUCUACGACGCUGAGUUGAUGAGGUAUUUUUUUUUAAAAAAGAAAUGCCUUUAACGCCUCCAGAAGCGUUAAGUCCUAGUAUCAACGUUGUGUAAUGUGUCAAUACUUUUUGGAUGUUUUUUUUGUCACAAUUAUAUUGUAAAAUCUUACUUAUGUAUAGCAAAAGCGACUCCCUAAUUUACAUUGACAAUUAAAACUCUUUUCUUCCAUGCAAGCACGAAACUCAAAGAAUUAAAUCACUAGCGGGAUAUUAAGUUCGCUAUGCUUAUUUGUCUGCACGAAGUAACAUCGUGGAAAAAAACUCAACAUAAACCGCCUUUGCAGACAAUCGUAUGGUUUAAAACGCAGAAUAUCUAUCGGGAAAAGUUCAAACCAACAUACAUCAACCGGUGAGGCAGCGCUGGGAAGAAGCUCUGAUCAAGAACAAAGAAAGGAGCAGUAUAUGGAAUACAAUUCUGUUUUUUGUUUGAUAGAAUGAAUAUAAAAUAAGUAGGACUUCUACCAAAACGUUAAAAAACCAUAUCGAAAGUAAAUGAAAGAAAACAUGACACAGCUAACGAAAAUUCCUUCAAUAACCAAACAAUUCUGAUUCUUUAUGUACAAGUCAAGUUAAAGAAAAGCUGCCGGCAGCCGAGAAAUGAUUCACAAUUUCGUUCUGGCGCUGAUUAACUCAUGAAAUAAGUUCCUAUACUCUGUUAUAUACAUAACGUUAUAGAAAUAAAUUUGUAAAUAUAAUAAGACUACUAUAUACAAUGUAUAACACAUAUAAACAAA